CGUCGCUUUCCAUCCAAACCUCCGCUGGCUUUUAAUCUGCAUCUCAACACCGACAGCCGAUCGCUGAGAAAGGUUUCGGAGCUCACAUUAGUCUCGCUUUCCCCCUCUCCAGCUGGGCAACAUAAAGCAAGAGCUGAGGUUUUCAUUCUGAAGGUUGGAGGGCUGCUAUCGAUUUUGCUAGAUUGAAUGCAGUUUCAAUAGAAGCUAUGCGUCAGUGAAUCACUCACAUAACAAGAUCGGUCAAGAAACUACCAGAUCUGAUGGCGGUUGAGGGGGAAACGAGGAUGCAUGCUAAGCAUGAGAACGGGCAAGUAUGCCAGAUCUGCGGGGAUGGUGUGGGAAACACGGUGGAGGGAGAUGUUUUUGUGGCUUGUGACGUUUGUGGAUUCCCGGUUUGCAGGCCGUGCUAUGACUAUGAGAGGAAGCACGGGAACCAGUGCUGUCCUCAAUGCAAGACUAAGUAUAAAAGGCAUAAAGGGAGUCCGCCUAUCCACGGUGAGGAAGCGGAUGAAGUAGAUGCUGAUGAUGCUAGCGAUUUUGAUUAUCCGUCAGGCAAUCAGGAUCAGAAGGGUGCUGACAAGAUGAUUGGUUGGCAUAUGAACUAUGAGAAAAGCAGAAAUCAUGGACUUCCGAAGUAUGACAGUGGGGAGAUCCCUCGGAACAACAUCCCUAUGCUCACUCAUAGUCGGAGCCAAGAGCUAUCUGGGGAACUGCCAGGAGCAUCACCAGAUCAUAUGAUGUCUCCGAGUGAUGUUGGCAAGCGUGUGCAUUCUCUUCCUUACGUGAACCAUUCCCCCAAUCCCUCGAGGGAAUUCUCUGGUGGGUUUGGAAAUGUUGCAUGGAAAGAGAGAGUUGAUGGAUGGAAAAUGAAGCAAGAUAAAAAUGCACCUCCAGUGGCCACAAACGUCACUAGCACCGCUCGCCAUGCUCCAUCUGAGGGCAGGGCUGUUACAGAUAUUGACGCUGCAACUGAUUACAACAUGGAAGAUGCUUUAUUUAAUGAUGAAACCCGGCAGCCUCUUUCAAGGAAAGUUUCUAUUCCAUCUUCCAGGAUAAACCCAUACAGGAUGGUCAUCGCUUUGCGACUUGUUAUCCUUUGUAUUUUCCUGCACUAUCGUAUCACAAAUCCUGUGCGCAAUGCUUAUGCUUUGUGGUUACUGUCAGUGAUAUGUGAGAUCUGGUUUGCAAUGUCCUGGAUUCUGGAUCAGUUCCCCAAGUGGUUUCCUGUAAACCGAGAAACAUACCUUGAUAGACUAGCUAUAAGGUAUGACAGAGAAGGUGAACCAUCUCAGUUGGCGGCUGUGGACAUAUUUGUCAGCACUGUGGAUCCUUUGAAGGAACCACCCCUAGUCACUGCCAAUACCGUACUGUCUAUUCUCGCUGUGGAUUACCCUGUGGAUAAGGUAUCAUGUUAUGUCUCUGACGAUGGAGCUGCUAUGUUGACAUUUGAAGCCCUCUCAGAAACUUCAGAAUUUGCAAGAAAGUGGGUUCCUUUCUGUAAGAAAUACAGUAUUGAACCUCGGGCACCAGAGUGGUACUUUGCCAAGAAGAUCGACUACCUCAAAGAUAAGGUUCAGCCUUCAUUUGUCAAGGAUCGUCGAGCAAUGAAGAGAGAAUAUGAAGAGUUUAAAGUUCGUGUUAAUGGCCUUGUGGCCAAAGCACAGAAGAUUCCUGAAGAAGGAUGGAUCAUGCAAGAUGGCACACCUUGGCCUGGAAAUAACACGAGAGAUCAUCCUGGAAUGAUUCAGGUGUUCUUAGGCCACAGUGGAGGACUCGAUAGCGAAGGCAACGAGCUGCCUCGAUUGGUCUAUGUUUCCCGUGAAAAGCGUCCUGGUUUCCAACAUCACAAAAAAGCUGGUGCUAUGAAUGCACUGGUACGUGUGUCUGCAGUCCUUACCAAUGGGUCUUUUCUGUUAAAUCUUGACUGUGAUCACUACAUAAAUAAUAGCAAGGCGUUGAGAGAAGCUAUGUGUUUUCUCAUGGACCCCAACCUCGGAAGGUCCGUUUGUUAUGUGCAAUUUCCGCAAAGAUUUGAUGGCAUUGAUAAGCACGAUCGUUAUGCCAAUCGCAAUACAGUGUUUUUUGAUAUUAAUUUAAGAGGCCUCGAUGGGAUUCAAGGACCGGUUUACGUUGGCACUGGUUGUGUCUUCAAUAGAACUGCAUUGUAUGGGUAUGAACCUCCAGUGAAAAACAAGUCUAAAAACAGUGGCUUUUUCUCUUUAUGUUGUGGUGGCUCUCGUAAGAAAAAUUCAAAGUCUAAGAAGAAGAGUUCUGACAAUAAGAAGCAAAACAAGCACGUUGAUAAUACUGUACCUAUAUUCAACCUGGAGGAUAUAGAAGAAGGUGUUGAAGGUGCUGGAUUUGAUGACGAGAAAUCACUUCUCAUGUCACAAAUGAGUUUGGAGAAAAGAUUUGGCCAGUCAUCUGUCUUUGUUGCUUCAACUCUAAUGGAGCAUGGUGGUGUUCCUCAGUCCGCAACUCCUGAGUCAUUAUUGAAAGAAGCUAUUCAUGUCAUCAGCUGUGGCUAUGAGGAUAAGACAGACUGGGGAAGUGAGAUUGGCUGGAUUUAUGGAUCUGUCACAGAAGAUAUUCUUACUGGAUUCAAAAUGCAUGCUCGUGGAUGGCGCUCGAUUUAUUGCAUGCCUGAGCUCCCUGCUUUCAAGGGAUCCGCACCUAUUAACCUUUCAGACCGUCUGAAUCAAGUUCUUCGGUGGGCCCUGGGAUCAGUUGAGAUUCUCUUUAGUCGACACUGUCCUAUAUGGUAUGGUUACGGUGGCCGGCUCAAAUAUCUCGAGAGAUUUGCAUACAUUAACACCACAAUUUACCCUCUUACCUCAAUCCCACUUCUCCUGUACUGUACAUUACCUGCUGUCUGUUUACUCACUGGAAAAUUCAUCAUCCCUCAG